AUGACCACCGUGGCAUCAGAGUAUUCAAAUGAAGUAGCACAACAACCCAUCGAACAUAGAUUCAAUCCGUAUAGUGAUAAUGGUGGUACUAUUCUAGGUAUAGCAGGUGAAGAUUUUGCCGUAUUGGCAGGCGACACGAGACAUACCACUGAUUAUUCCAUCAAUUCUCGUUAUGAACCAAAAGUCUUUGACUGUGGUGAUAACAUUGUCAUUUCUGCAAAUGGAUUCGCAGCUGAUGGUGAAGCUUUGGUGAAAAGAUUUAAAAAUAGUAUUAAAUGGUAUCAUUUCGACCACAAUGAUAAAAAAUUAUCAAUAAAAUCAGCAGCAAGAAAUAUCCAACAUCUACUUUACGGUAAAAGAUUUUUUCCUUACUAUGUACAUACAAUCAUUGCAGGUUUAGAUGAGGAAGGUAAAGGUGCAGUGUAUUCGUUCGAUCCAGUAGGAUCUUACGAAAGAGAACAAUGUAGGGCAGGUGGUGCUGCUGCUUCUUUAAUCAUGCCCUUCCUAGACAAUCAAGUCAAUUUUAAGAAUCAAUACGAACCAGGUUCUGAUGGUAAAGUAAAGAGACCAUUGAAAUAUUUAAAUAUUGAUGAAGUUAUAAGUUUGGUUAGAGACGCAUUCACUUCAGCUACUGAAAGACAUAUACACGUUGGUGAUGGUCUAGAAAUAUUAAUUGUCACAAAGGAGGGUGUGAGAAAAGAGUAUUACGAUUUGAAAAGAGAUUGA